CGUGUAAGCUACCUAGAGGUACCUGGUAGAAAGGGUUGAUACUGACGAAGCGCCUCCGUAUACUUUGGACUUGCUAUAGAAACGAUAUCUUCUAAUUACGAUUACACUUAUAAAAUCAAAUUCUCAUUCUCUAAAUUGUCCGACGCCCAGAUGGACGAGUCAUUCAUCAGAUCUGGGAUCUCGAUAUCCACCUACUAGAUCUGGAUAAGGACCCCUGACGCCUUCGCUUCUCACUCCACAUGGGGACGCCAAAGGAGCAGUCUAGUUAUCCUUCAGGUUACAUCGCAGGGAUGAUGUCUCAUUGUUGCGAUUCGCAAAGGAAAACCGGAUGUGGUGAAUGAUCUACUUAAGAUUCCCAUUCCCAUGCUCUUCUCAUGGACUAUGCGAGUGGUUAUAGAACUUAACAGAGAUAACUACCUCUUACGCUGACAGCAUGUUGCUUGGGAUCUUCACUCUUCUCUCUGGGCAGGUGCUCGCCUCUUCUUCACAUAUAUCCAUUAGGGCUGGCCAGGCAUCACCUCAAGCAUACGCUUCCUCAUCGGACCUCAAAUACAAACUAAGCGCCGUUGAUGCUCCCGUUUCUGGUAAUGGCAACCCCGGGGAUGCAUCAACAUGGAGUUUAAGCAUUGAUGACACGGAGUCUGGGUACAAGCAGAAGAUCAAUGGUUUUGGAGGUUCUGUGACAGACGCUACUGUCACCGUCAUCGAUGCACUCUCCGAUGACAAGCGAUCUCAGCUUCUAAGAGAGUUAUUUACAUCGGACGGAGCCAGCUUCAGCUUACUGCGUCAUACUAUUGCCGCAUCGGACUUAUCAGGACCGCCGGCCUACACGUACGAUGAUAGCAACGGUAAUGCGGAUCCGGGCCUUGGCAACUUCAACUUAGGAGAUAGAGGAACGGCGAUGGCGAAAUUGCUAAGCGAGAUAAAAGGUAUCCGCUCCGAUGCUACUAUCUUCGGGAGCUCGUGGAGUGCUCCGGGCUGGAUGAAACUGAACAGGGUUCUCACCGGGAAUGCCGACAACAACUGGCUUGAUUCGCAAUACUACAGCCAAUAUGCUCAGUACUUUGUGAAAUAUCUUCAAGCAUACGCAGGGCUAGGUGUCACGAUUGAUGCCAUUACCAUUCAGAAUGAGCCUUUGAAUAAUCAAGGAGGCGGCCACGUAACAAUGUAUCAAACUGCCGACGAAGCUGCUAAAGUGACGCAUGACUACAUCGGGCCAGCCCUACGUGCGGCCAACUUGAACACGCAGAUCUGGGCAUACGAUCACAAUACGGACACGCCUAGCUAUCCGCAGACCGUGAUCGACGGAGCCGGCGAGUAUGUCCAAGCCGCCGCGUGGCACUGCUACGCGGGUAAUCUAGACUGGACCGUUCUUAGCGACUUUCACGACGCAAACCCCGGCAAAUCCCAAUAUAUGACGGAAUGCUGGACUUCUCCGCAGACGUCGUGGUACCAAUCUUCUAAGAAUACGGUUGGGCCGCUACAGAACUGGGCCGAGGGUUCGUUGAUGUGGACUCUAGGUACGUGGACCGAGGCGGCCGACGGCACCUUUGGGCCGUAUAUUCAAGGGGGGUGUGCGACGUGCCGUGGUCUAUUCGUGGUAGACCAGAACGCAGGCACGUACGAAUUCACCGUCGACUAUUAUACGUUGGCGCAGUACUCCAAGUUCAUCCCUAAAGGUGCGACUAUCCUAAGCGGAUCCGGUAGCUAUAGUUACGACGGGUACUCGGGCGUACAGUCGGUCGCAUCGAAGAACCCGGACGGCACGCGUACCGUCGUAGUUGAGAACACGUUCAGCAAUGAUGUCUAUGUCACCUUGAACACGGCCAGCGGCCAGACGUGGAGUGGCAAUAUCCUAGCUAAUAGUGUUACUACUUGGAUCUUGCCGUAAACAGUGUAUUCUAAUGAAUGACAUCUACUUUAUUGAAUAUAUUGGCAUUGAGAUCAAUGAUAAAAAUUAUCCGUGGCGAUGAGUCUCGAGAUUGGAUACUUACCUGAUUAACGUUAGCCCGUGUGGAAACGCGAAUCUCUACGUGAAUAUAAAACUAGACGAUGUCGUCGAUAUACUUAGGUACCUUAGAAGGUUGAUAUUUAUUUGAUCUAGUGUGCCUCAAAGUUCAAGUCGAAAAUACACCAAGAGUCGAAUCGUUUGGCAGAUGAGAUUACUAUUCCGCUCUCCAAGGUCCCAUCUUUGUAUACUUGCGGCCCUCUUCAAGCCUAACAACACCACACGUGCUACGACGGAAGGGUGCAGUAACGGGCCAAGUUAUUACUUUCGCC